AUGGCCGCUUCUCACCUCGCCGUGCUCUCCGUGCUCGCGCUCCUCGCCGUGGCCGCCACGGCGCAGGCGCCCAGCGGCGCUCCCGCGGCGGCGCCCAAGGCCCCCGCGACGCCUCCCCCGGCGAUGCCGCCCCCGACGCCGGCACCGGUCGCCCCGCCCACGGCGGCCCCGGCCCCGGCUCCCAAGGUCGCGCCCACCCCGGCCCCCACGCCGUCCGCGUCCGCGCCGGCGCCCGGGGCCCCCACCGCCUCUCCUCCGGCGCCCGGCCCGGACGCGUCCUCCCCCUCGCCCUCCGCCGAGCCCCCGGCGACCCCGGCCGGCGCCGCCGCCGGCCUCCGCCCCGCCUUCGCCUUCGCCGCCGUUGCCGUCGCCGCGGCCAUCUACGCCUUCUAG